AAUGAGUUUGCAAAAAUGUUUGGGCUCAACAUAAGUCUUGAGAAAUCUACACUGUUUCUUGCUGGUGUGAAAACUGAAGAUUCUGAAGCUAUUCUGGAUCAGUUUCCUUUUAAUAAAGGAUCUCUCCCGGUAAGGUAUCUUGGUCUUCCUCUUCUAACCAAAAUAAUGAAUGUGCAUGACUAUAGUCCACUCAUUGCAAGAGUUCGAGCUCGGGUUUCUUCUUCGACGGCGAGACACUUGACAUUUGCAGGUCGGCUCCAAUUAAUUAGUUCAGUGUUUUUUAUCAAGAAGCUUAAUGCUGAUCUCGAAGAAUCCAAGACGGGAGAGGCUCGUGCACGGAGCUUAUCCGAGGAAUGGAAGAGCAGAGCCAAAGAGCUUGAGGAAGAGUUGAAAGAAGCUAACGAUCUAGAGAGAUCCGCCUCUUCAUCUUUGGAGUCUGUGAUGAAACAGCUCGAAGGAAGCACUGAUAAGCUGCACGAUGCAGAAUCCGAAAUCACUAAUCUCAAGCAUCAAAUCAUCACGUUGGAGACAACAGUCGCUAGACAGAAGGAGGAAUCUGAGCAACGGUUAACAGAACUGUCUAAGAUCGAAAAAGAAGUUGAUAGCUUAAAGAACGAGCCUGAAACCAAGGAGAAGGAGAAGAACCGAGCGUUAUAUAAGGAGCCAGACGCUUCUUUAAACGUACAAAGACUCUUGGAACAGAGGAAGAAGCUCUUAGCGGAUCUAGAAACAUCAAAGGAGGAAGAGGAGAAGGGCAAGAAAGCGAUGGAGAGUCUAGCUUCUGCGUUACACGAAGUCUCUAGCAAAGGAAGAGAGCUGAAAGAGAAGCUGCUGAGCCAAGGCGGAGGAGACCAAGAGUACGAGACGCAUAUAGAAGACUUGAAGCUGGUCAUCAAAGCGACCAGAGAGAAGUACGAGACCAUGCUUGAUGAAGCAAGGCACGAGAUCGAUGUGCUUGUGAGCGCGGUGGAGCAGACAAAGAAGCAUUUCGAGAGUUUGAAGAACGAGUGGGAGAUGAAGGAAGCUAACUUGGUGGAUUACGUGAAGAAGAUGGAGGAGGAGGUUGCUUCUAUGGGGAAGGAGAUGAGUAGGUUGGAUGGUUUGAUGAAGAGGACGGAGGAAGAAGCUGAUGCGGCUAGGAAGAAGGAAGAGGAGACGAGAGAGAGUUUGAAAGAAGUGGAGGAGGAGGUGGUUUCUCUUCAGGAGUCUCUUGAGGAAGCGAGAGAAGAAAGCGUGAGGCUUAAGGAGAAUCUGUUGGAGAAAGAAACUGAGUUUGAAAGCGUUGUUCACGAGAACGAGGAGCUGAGGGAUAAGGAAGAUGCUGCUUUGAGGAAGAUAGAGGAGUUAUCGAAGUUACUAUAUGAAGCAAGAUUGACCAAAAGGGAGGAGGUGGAGCUCAGUGAAAGCGAGACAGAGUAUGAUUUGUUGCCAAAAGUGGUUGAGUUUUCUUCUGAGAACGGUCAUAGAAGUGUAGAAGAAGAAGAAGAAGAAGAAGAAGAAGAAGAAGAAGAAGAAGAAGAAGAAGAAGAAGAAGAAGAAGAAGAAGAAGAAGAAGAAGAAGAAGAAGAAGAAGCUAUCAGCAAUGGCAAUGGUGUGGAGGAGAAAGGCAUGAAUGGAAAGCCAUAUAUGAAGGAGAAGAAAGAAGAGUCUCCUCCUCCAGAUGAUGAUGAUGACAAAGAUGAUUCAGUUGAAGUUAUCUUCAAAAUGUGGGAAAGUUGCCAAAUAGAGAAGAAAGAAGCUGUUCCGGACAAGAAAGCAGAACUAGAGACUGAGGAAGUAGAAGAAGAUUCAAGGAAGGUAGAUGAAAGCGAUAAGGCCUCGUCAGCUUAUGUGUCCUUUUUUUCUAAAAAGCAUCCCAAUUAAGGCUUCUCUGAUCCAACUCCAUACGAGCUCUCAGUUACCACAAUGUGUGCGCCAUAAGAAGUGAGGAAGCUGCGGUAAUUGUGUUUGAAGUUUAAGCUAAUUUUAUUAUUUACUUGGAUAUCAGAUUUUCUAAGCUUUUGUUCACAAAUCAGUUUCGUUUUUUGUUAUAUCAAUUUCCAAAAAUAA